GCUAAGCGUGUUGGUGGUGUUCCUGUGGGUGGUGUUCCUGUCGGUGGUGUUCCUGUGGCCAGUGUUCCUGUGGCCGGUAUUGGUGUCGGUGGUGUUCCUGUGGCCGGUAUUGGUGUCGGUGGUGUACCUGUGGCCGGUAUUGGUGUCGGUGGUGUUCCUGUGGCCAGUGUUCCUGUGGCUGGUGUUGGUGUGGCCAGUGUUCCUGUGGCCGGUAUUGGUGUCGGUGGUGUUCCUGUGGCUGGUGUUCCUGUGGCCGGUGUUGGUGUGGGUGGUGUUCCUGUCGGUGGUGUUCCUGUGGCUGGUGUUGGUGUGGGUGGUGUUGGUGUGGGUGGUGUUCCUGUCGGUGGUGUUGGUGUGGCCGGUGUUCCUGUGGCCGGUGUUCCUGUGGCCGGUGUUCCUGUGGCCAGUGUUCCUGUGGCUGGUGUUGGUGUCAGUGGUGUUCUUGUGGCCGGUGUUCCUGUGGCCAGUGUUCCUGUGGCUGGUGUUGGUGUCAGUGGUGUUCUUGUGGCCGGUGUUCCUGUGGCCAGUGUUCCUAUGGCCGGUGUUGGUGUGGCCAGUGUUCCUGUGGCUGGUGUUGGUGUCAGUGGUGUUCUUGUGGCCGGUGUUCCUGUGGCCGGUAUUGGUGUCGGUGGUGUUCCUGUCGGUGGUGUUCCUGUGGCCAGUGUUGGUGUGGGCGGUGUUCCUGUGGCCAGUGUUCCUGUGGCUGGUGUUGGUGUCGGUGGUGUUCCUGUGGUUGGUGUGGGUGGUGUUCCUGUGGCUGGUGUGGGUGGUGUUCCUGUCUGUGGUGUUCCUGUGGCUGGUGUUGGUGUGGGUGGUGUUGGUGUGGGUGGUGUUCCUGUCGGUGGUGUUGGUGUGGGUGGUGUUCCUGUCGGUGGUGUUCCUGUGGCCGGUGUUCCUGUGGCCGGUGUUCCUGUGGCCGGUGUUCCUGUGGCCGGUGUUCCUGUGGCCGGUGUUCCUGUGGCCAGUGUUCCUAUGGCCGGUGUUGGUGUGGCCAGUGUUCCUGUGGCUGGUGUUGGUGUCAGUGGUGUUCCUGUGGCCGGUGUUCCUGUGGCCGGUAUUGGUGUCGGUGGUGUUCCUGUCGGUGGUGUUCCUGUGGCCAGUGUUGGUGUGGGCGGUGUUCCUGUGGCCAGUGUUCCUGUGGCUGGUGUUGGUGUCGGUGGUGUUCCUGUGGUUGGUGUGGGUGGUGUUCCUGUGGGUGGUGUUCCUGUCGGUGGUGUUCCUGUGGCCGGUAUUGGUGUAGGUGGUGUUCCUGUGGCCAGUGUUCCUGUGGCUGGUGUUGGUGUGGCCAGUGUUCCUGUGGCCGGUAUUGGUGUCGGUGGUGUUCCUGUGGCCGGUGUUGGUGUGGGUGGUGUUCCUGUCGGUGGUGUUCCUGUGGCCGGUGUUGGUGUGGGUGGUGUUCCUGUCGGUGGUGUUCCUGUGGCUGGUGUUGGUGUCGGUGGUGUUCCUGUGGCUGGUUUUGGUGUGGGUGGUGUUCCUGUCGGUGGUGUUCCUGUGGCCGGUGUUCCUGUGGCCGGUGUUCCUGUGGCCGGUGUUCCUGUGGCCGGUGUUGGUGUGGCCAGUGUUCCUGUGGCUGGUGUUGGUGUCAGUGGUGUUCCUGUGGCCGGUGUUCCUGUGGCCGGUGUUCCUGUGGCCAGUGUUCCUGUGGCCGGUAUUGGUGUCGGUGGUGUUCCUUUCGGUGGUGUUCCUGUGGCCAGUGUUGGUGUGGGCGGUGUUCCUGUGGCCAGUGUUCCUGUGGCCGGUGUUGGUGUCGGUGGUGUUCCUGUGGCCAGUGUUGGUGUGGGCGGUGUUCCUGUGGCCAGUGUUCCUGUGGCUGGUGUUGGUGUCGGUGGUGUUCCUGUGGCCGGUGUUGGUGUGGGUGGUGUUCCUGUGGCUGGUGUUGGUGUCGUUGGUGUGGGUGGUGUUCCUGUGGCUGGUGUUGGUGUGGGUGGUGUUCCUGUGGCUGGUGUUGGUGUGGGUGGUGUUCCUGUGGCUGGUGUUCCUGUGGCUGGUGUUCCUGUGGCUGGUGUUGGUGUGGGUGGUGUUCCUGUGGCUGGUGUUGGUGUCGUUGGUGUGGGUGGUGUUCCUGUGGCUGGUGUUCCUGUGGGUGGUGUUCCUGUGGCUGGUGUUGGUGUGGCUGGUGUUCCUGUGGCUGGUGUUCCUGUGGCUGGUGUUCCUGUGGUUGGUGUGGGUGGUGUUCCUGUGGCUGGUGUUGGUGUGGGUGGUGUUCCUGUGGCUGGUGUUGGUGUGGGUGGUGUUCCUGUGGCCGGUGUUGGUGUGGCUGGUGUUCCUGUGGCUGGUGUUGGUGUGGGUGGUGUUCCUGUGGCCGGUGUUGGUGUGGCUGGUGUUAGCAUGGCUGGUGUUCCUGUGGCCGGUGUUCCUGUGGCCGGUGUUGGUGUGGGUGGUGUUCCUGUGGCUGGUGUUGGUGUGGGUGGUGUUCCUGUGGCCGGUGUUGGUGUGGCUGGUGUUAGCAUGGCCGGUGUUCCUGUGGCCGGUGUUCCUGUGGCCGGUGUUCCUGUGGCCGGUGUUGGUGUGGGUGGUGUUCCUGUGGCCGGUGUUGGUGUGGGUGGUGUUCCUGUGGCUGGUGUUGGUGUGGGUGGUGUUCCUGUGGCCGGUGUUGGUGUGGCUGGUGUUAGCAUGGCCGGUGUUCCUGUGACCGGUGUUCCUGUGGCCGGUGUUCCUGUGGCCAGUGUUCCUGUGGCUGGUGUUGGUGUGGGUGGUGUUCCUGUGGCCGGUGUGGGUGGUGUUCCUGUGGCCGGUGUUGGUGGUGUUCCUGUGGCCGGUGUUGGUGUGGGUGGUGUUCCUGUGGCCGGUGUUGGUGGUGUUCCUGUGGCUGGUGUUGGUGUGGGUGGUGUUCCUGUGGCCGGUGUGGGUGGUGUUCCUGUGGCCGGUGUGGGUGGUGUUCCUGUGGCCGGUGUGGGUGGUGUUCCUGUGGCCGGUGUUGGUGGUGUUCCUGUGGCCGGUGUUGGUGUGGGUGGUGUUCCUGUGGCCGGUGUUGGUGUGGGUGGUGUUCCUGUGGCUGGUGUUGGUGUGGGUGGUGUUCCUGUGGCCGGUGUUGGUGUGGGUGGUGUUCCUGUGGCCGGUGUUGGUGUGGGUGGUGUUCCUGUGGCCGGUGUUGGUGUGGGUGGUGUUCCUGUGGCCGGUGUUGGUGUGGGUGGUGUUCCUGUGGCUGGUGUUGGUGUGGGUGGUGUUCCUGUGGCUGGUGUUGGUGUGGGUGGUGUUCCUGUGGCUGGUGUUGGUGUGGGUGGUGUUCCUGUGGCUGGUGUUGGUGUGGGUGGUGUUCCUGUGGCCGGUGUUGGUGUGGCUGGUGUUAGCAUGGCCGGUGUUCCUGUGGGUGGUGUUCCUGUGGGUGGUGUUCCUGUGGCUGAAGGUCAGAGUGCUGCGGGUUUGUGCUCAUUUUUGUGA